AUGGCUGGGUUGAGCCUCACCAAACUUGCCAAGAAGGCAAAAGCGGAAAGGAUGGCCGCGCGGCGAAGGGCGGAGGAGAUUCGGGCUGCCGAAUCUCAAUCCCAGACCUCCUUGCCUGUUAUUGAGGGGACGACAAAGAACGGAAGUACCGAGGCAGAACCUUUUGUGCAGGCAAGUGUGGAAGCUGAACAAUGGGUGGAGAAAGGCCCUGCCUAUGUCGAGGCUGGCUCAGAAGAACGUGCUGACAAACGACCUCGUUUGGAGGAGUCGGAUGUGAUCGUACCUUUUGUUAUCCAGCCCAAGAUAAAGAAUAUGCCGAUCUUCUCUGAUGCUUCGGUGAUCAAAGAUCCAGUGGUUGCACUCAACUUGGCGACGUCCGUUUCAUUGCUUGCUAACAAGGCGGCUUUUCGGGCAGAGCCGGAUCUGGUUGCAAUUGGGUUGGCCGCGCAAUCGGCUCUUUUGGCCGUCGGAAGAAUAGCCGACAUGGGUCGUCGCUAUCAUGAUGCCGUCAAGCUAAUUGUCCGUUUACAAGCGGAGGUUGAGGGCCAAAGGAGUAGGGCGCAGACGGAGGGCGCCCGUGCCGAGGCCGAGAUGGAGAGAGCCCGCAAUGCUGAAGAAUUGAGAUCAGUCACUGAGAAAAGGGCGGAUGCGAGCGACGACGCACUUAAAUUGGCCCAAGAGGGGAUCUCUAAAUUGGAGGCUCGGUUGGAAGAGAUGAAGACGGCGAAGGAAACGGCCGACCUGAAGGCUUCCAGCGCAUUUGAUGCUGGAAAAAAAUCUGCUUUUGAUGAAUAUCUAGACGAACUUUUUGUCUAG